AUGCGGUAUCUGAAUUGUCAUCUGAAGCCUGCUUCUUGUACCAACUGGUUAUCAGGGUAUGGUCUUUUCGUCUGUCGAUAUUUCCUAUGGAAGCCUGGGCGGGGUUUGCAAAAGUCCUUUCGAGGUCUUCUGCAGGCGCUCUUACAUCAACUACUUUACAGUCAUCAGUGGCUGAUCGAGACUGUCGUCAGCGAGGAGAGGUGGCUGACUGCGUGCGCCACGGAAUCUGAGCUACAGUGGUCAAUGCUAGAAAUGAAGACGACAAUAGAAACUUGCUUACAAAGGAUCGCGACUACGAGAAAGAUUCUUGUCCUAGCUGAUGGCUUGGACGAACUUGAUGGAACAGACGAUGAUUGUCACGACAUGUUAGACUUCCUUCACAAGUUGCCUCGACUUGGUUCCGUGAAGCUGUGCUUGUCCAGUAGGCCCUGGAACAUCUUUGCCGACUCCUUCGAUGGCCUCCCUCAACUUCAGCUCCACUUGUUCACCAGGGUGGACAUUGAGAAAUAUGUGAGCCAGUCUCUCUCGCACAGCAUACGCCUCCAGAGCUCCUACCUCCAUAACAGUGGCCAAGGGGAGAGAUUGAUCCAGAUGAUUGUCGACAAAGCCAAUGGAGUCUUCCUGUGGGUCCGUCUUGUUGUUCAAGAGCUUAUGCGAGGGUUCCGAGACGGAGAGACCAUUCGCACUCUAGAGAGGAAAGUGGGAUCGAUGCCGGCGGACCUUGAUGGGUUCUUCAAGCGGAUCAUCUCCUCUAUCGAUCCGGCGUAUCGCGCUGAAGCCUCCGCAAUGCUCCAAACAGCUCUCUUCUGUCGGGAAAGCACCCCCGUAAACUGGCCGUGUUACCCGCUUCAGUUGACAUUCCUCGAAGUGGGAGACCCAGAUUUCGCAAUGAGACCAAGCUGCGACUUUACUGAGCUAGAUGUUGACGACCUGGAGGCCUUGGAGUAUCGAAUCGCUCUAGGAAAGAGGCGACUCAACAGUCGCUGCAUGGGUCUGCUGGAGCUCAUAACAGAUGAAUCCUGUCCAGAAGAACUUUCGCGGGAAGUCGAAGUGCUGUAUCGACGAUUUAAUUGUGUCUUCUACACCCAGGUGGGGUUUUUGCAUCGGUCUCUAAUGGACUUCUUACUCACGGACGAUGCCCAACGUAUUCUGCAGCAAUGCACAAACGGUCCCUUCCAAGCGCACCGCUUUCUAUGUAGCGCAAUGAUAGCUGGGGUCCGUGCUAUUCACGCCAUCUGGACCGCACAUUCUCCCUGGGACCGAAGCCAUGGUAAGGAGAUUGUCGACUUUGUAGCGUCGUCCCUGCUUGAAAAGACGGAUGACGUGUUGGUGGCAAUUCGCUGCUCAAAGGAGCUGGAGCCACCCACAGUGAACAUCAUCAUGGGACGGCUAGAACCGACAUUAGAGCUCCUGUACCACCUGUCGAAAUCAGAAUUUCUCCGUCCAUCCCCGUUCAGCUGGUUUCGUGGUUUCGACCGUGUUGAGGACCUAUUAGUCGCCGUGGCCAUCGCGUACAACUUGACAGGUUUUGUAGCAGAGCACCUGACAAGGGACAAGGUGAAGGGAAUUUCAGGUCCAAGCCUUCUCGAGAGAGCCCUGAAGCCACAAUCUUUGAGGUUUCCGGACCCGGAGAUGGUGCGAAUUGUUCUGCAAGCCGGUGUGGACCCCAACAACCCUAGGUCUAUUUGGUGGAAGUUUCUGCACGAUGUAUGUUAUCUAAGAUUGAAGAUGGAGCUAGGGAGAGAGUAUCUGCCGCCAGUUGCCGAGAUCACUGAGAUCAUGAUCGAGUGCAAGGUUCACAUCUCUUGCCCAGCUGACAUGCUGCCUGAGUUUGAUGGCCUUGUGAAGGGCGAUCCCGAGACGGGGGUUCUUUUGUUGAGGGACGUGGUCGAGGCACUAGACUUCACGGAGCGAGACCGCCAACGAUUGCUCGCCGCCUUGAGCGAAGGAGGGCAAGCUGGAGCUGGGAAGCCUGGACAAGCCGGUGACGACGACAAUGACAGUGGAGUUGACAAGGGCGAGGGCGAGGGCGAGGGUGAGGACACGCAAAGCAAGCCACCUGGGGCAAGUUCCGCCCGGCCAAGGACAAUCGCUGCCCCGGAACAACUGAUGCCCAGGAAAAGAAAAACAGACGACCGGCCCCAUUGCGGAAAGGAACCCAAGAGAAUGAACUACUUUAAUGUAGUUCUGAGGCAUGAAUAG